CCACGGUUGGCGCCCGUCACAGGUGAGGCCACCUGUGACGGCCACAUAGUUGGCGCCCGUCACAGGUUCAUGUUCCGUUGUGCGAGUCCUGAUCCGGUUCAUGUUCCGUGCACUGGAAGCGUGGUCCCGCACACAGUACCAGAAGGACGGCUUGUGAGGCGACGUUAACGGCGUUAACGGAUGUGAGAAGUUGCCGUUGCGCCUCGGCUUUUCCGUCAGAGUCAGGGCAUCCAAUGCUCUCGAUCCCUCUUUCUUCCUCCUCUCGCUGUUGCUUCCGCGGUCGUCGAUGCGACGCAGGCCUGGCGGAGAAUCCCUCUUUCUUCCCCUCCGCUGCAGGCUCCCGUCCUCCCCUUUCGACUGUGGCUUGCAGGCCCGUGCCCCCCCCCCCCCAAUCGAUUCUCGUCCGCGCGUCGUCUUGCGGCAGCGGUCGGUUCAAGGUGCUCAAAAUCGGGGGGAAGUGGAAGAGCUCCACGCCUGUCGAGCUGUCUGCGUCGUCCUCGAGGGGAGUAAAAGCUGGCCGGCGUGCUCGCUGUGAAGUAGCAAGCAGUCUGGCUGCCUGUGUGCUCGUCCUCUCUGCCUCUCGGGUCAGACAGUGCUGGCCUGAAGAGUCUCAUCAAGGCAUCCAAGCUGGCGGAUUUGAGGAGUCUCUAUUUCAGGCCGAGCGUGUGCGUGGUCCGAUGGAGACGACAGCGAAGAAGCGGAAGCGAGAGCGGGAUCUAUUGUCGAUCCAAGAGGAGGGGACGAUUGUUCAAUCCCCUCAAACAGGGGAGAUCUCUGUCCGCGGCGCCGAUCUGGAGUCCGGCGAGGACUCCUCCGACUCUGUCACCUCCGACGCUGGCAGCGCCAAGGCUGCUCCCGACGACGUGCUUCAUAUCGCGCAUGCCCUCUGCAAAGUUUGCGCCAAGUCUCCUAGAGCCGUCAUCGACUUUGUUCGAAGAGUGAGCCCUGCCACCGUCGGCCGUUCGAUUGAUUGGGACGUCGUCCGCGAGGAAGAGUCAUCUAAGGUAUUGGUUUGUAUUAAUUUGUUCAUUUCCGAUUCAAUUUUAUUUGACUUGCACGGAGUAGAUGGGCGAUGGCCGUAGCCGGUGGACCGAUAUGGAGGUUCGUGUGUUUCUUGAGAGCUGCUUGGAGGAGAUGGCAGCGUUCACCAUCACCUCCAACUCCCCCAAGCCGCAGGCAUGGCAGAACCUAAUACACAAGAUGUACACCAAGUGCAAGAAGAAGGUGAACAAGGCUCAAUUGGAGUACAUUUGGGGGCAGUGUAAGAAGCGGUACAACAGGUGGGUGUGGCUAGAAUCGCAUGCAAGCGGGCUGGGUCGUGAUCCCCAUACAUCAGCCAUUGUUGCCGAUGAUGAGUGGUGGGAAAGCAAGAAUGCGCAAAAUAAAGGUGUCUUAAGCUUCAGGAAUGAUCCUCUGAAGCACAUUGACCUUCACCACACGGUAUUCAGUGGGCACACAGUUGUCGGAAACCACUCCGCCGUCGCAGGGGCAGCCCCACAGGCACCGCAAGGAGCAGUUCAGUGGCAGACCAUCGACAUGGCGCAGCUCGCUGCUGCUUAUAGACCACCACCUCCAACUCCACCCCCAACGGCAGCAGACCGGGGCAAGGGAAAGAGGCCAGCAGCAAACACUACUGCCUCAGGGAGUUCUUCCAAGAAGUCACGAAGCGACUCCGCUGGACUGGCUUUGGAGAGGAUUGCGGACAUCCGAGAGCAGAGCUACCAGAGUCGUGUUGCUCAGAUGGAAGCAGAGAAGUCUAUGGGCCUUGAUGCGUGCAUGGAGUUGGUGGAAAAUGAUGGCCAUGAAAUUGGAGGAAGUGUGUGGUAUGCUGCUUGUGCGCUAUUCCGUGACCCAUUCAACUGCAAAUGCUUUGUUCGAAUCAAGGACGCCGCUAGGCGCUUGGAAUUUAUACGCACUGGUGGUACUGGACAGUCAUCUGGUGGCACCUGGUAGUUUGUGCACUGUACUUUACUUUGAGUUGUGAUGGGCGAUGUUUUUCAAAUAAACCAUUAUUUAUGUUUAGAACUCAGUGUGCUAACAAUUUUUACAUUCUGUGAGUCCGUAAACAUUUGCGGCUUUAUAUCCAAUUCGAGCAACUACGUAUUCCAUUGCAUUGCUUUUAUAUCCAAAUAAUUCUUCGAUUGCAUAGAUCACUGCCAUUAUUAAUUUCUAUCCUUUUGAUUAUGACAAACAUUGCCUAUUCUUCGGUUCUCAUAUGUUAAAGGAAAUCGGCGAUGAGUUACGGCGCGGGUGGAUCGAGUUGGAAUGGAGGCGGUCACACAAGCAGCGAAGAAGAAGAUGCCAUCAUUGAGUACAUGGCUGCUACCCUUGAUUUCAAUGAGAGGGCACCAAGGAGAAUACCGGUGCAAACCGGUAUCAGUUGGAUGAUGGACACGAUGGCAAAUCGAAGCCAAUGCAGGGCAAUGUUCAGGCUUACUGCAGAGGAGAUACACAAUUUGCAUGAUCUAUUGGUCACUUCUUUUGGUCUUGUAGGAACAGCAGGGGUCUGUUCCAUGGAAAAGCUUGGUAUUUUCUUGUACACGAUGGGUGGAAAUCGUCCAAUCAGAGACGCGAACAAUCGGUGGGUCCGCUCCAACUCGACAGUGUCGGUUCACUUCCACCAUGUUUUGCAGGCUAUGAAUGAUCUCGCUGGGAAAAUAUUGAAACCGGUUGAUCCCAACUUCUUAGAUUACAACCCUCAGAUUCUGCGUGUUGCGUGACUGUAUUGCUGAUGAUGCGUACAAUAACUACCAUUAGGUAGGUGAUGUUAUCCAUAAUGCUUGUCGUAUGUUCAGUACUUCAAUUUUCAGGAUUGUAUGGUUUACCAUUUAUUUAUGUCCGAAUCUUCACAUAUUAUGAAAAUUAUUAUUAAAGAAAUCACAUGUGUGUGCAUAUCAAAUAUUUCUUUCACAAUUGGUGCCGCGUAGCAAAUAUCUCUUUCACCCGCGUAGCAAACACCCAUUAAUUCGCAUGCUACAGUACCUCCACUGCCAGCCCCUGCCCGGCAUCGCACGGCACGGCGACGGAAAGUGUCGGCCAUAGACGGCGUCCAGGCUGCCGCUUUCAAUAUUUUCCAGUGUCCCUGACGCCCUGACACUGCUACAGUGGUCUACAG